AUGUCCUCUUCAACAACUAGAACUGAUGUUUCCUUCUACAGGACAAAAACUGCAGAGUUUGUUGAGCUACAUAAUCAAGUAGAGGUAUCUACACAUCCUAUAGCCAAAUAUACCACUAGCCUUGCUCUGCUGCAGAACCUGGAAUCCUUUCUCUCGACAUUUCAGCAUGAUCUCAAGUCUGUUGCUGGCCAAAUAUCGGAGCUCCAGCAGCGAAGUCAGGAUAUCGACGAGCGGCUCAAGGGACGAAAGGCAUGGAUAUUCCUUCUUUUGAAGUAUUACCGUCUGAGGGCCUUGCAGAAAAUUGAAAAGCCCCUGGGGAGCUUGAUUGCAGAUCUUACUAUCCCACCUGAACUUGCGACGCUGCUCCUUGACACUAACGUUGGCGAACCAUGGAUAGAAGCUGUCGCGCAAUUCGAGGAGAAAUUGGACGCCAUCAAAUCACGUGGGCGAGUCAAGGCGUCGAAAGAUUUAGGCGAAGUUGCACAAGCUCUGGGGAUUGUGAUUGGUACCAAACUACGUUCAUUCUUCUUAGCACUACUGCAGCCGAUUCGUACCAACAUGAGCACCAAUAUGCAGGUGUUACAGACCUCAGUCCUUCUCAAAUACAAAAACUUGUUCAAAUAUCUUCAGCGCAAUCAUCCAACGGUUGCUGCAGAGCUCCAGCGAGCAUAUACAGGGACUGCACGGACCUACUACGAGACUGGGUUCCGUCGGUACAUCCGGAGUCUUACAACUAUCAAGGGGCGAUCUGGCGAACCCUUUGAACUUGUUGGCUCUACAAGCGAGAAAGUGGAAACCGCUUUGAAUGUCGCACAUCUGGAGUAUGCGUCCCUAGAGGGACCCGCGGUCACGAUGGCAUUCAUGGCAGACGAUAGCAAAUAUAAAGAACCGGUUGAAGCGCUCUUCCGCUCUUUGAUGAUUGUCCUGAUGGACAACGCGACAGCAGAAUUAUCGUUCAUUCGCCAAUUUUUCGAUAGGGAAGAGCGUUCAGAAGCAAAGAGUGCCGCGUCUUCAUCUUCUGUCAUUGCAGAGGACGAAGCCCCAGAAGGAACGCAGGCGUCAUCCGUUGCGGAUCAUAAACGGCAGGGAUCUGCGGCUGGACAUCGUAGGACGUCGUCGACCUCGAGUAUGGUGUCUGUACGGAGUGCAAUCCUGAGGCGCCAACGGGAAGAGGAAGCGUACUUUGCAGGAAUAUGGAAACAAGUAAUGGAGCCCAUUUUACAGUAUACCGACGCUUUCCUUCAAUCCAUAGUCACCCCCUCCCUUCUUGAUCCCAAGCCUUCGGUUGUCCCCAUCCUCACCAUGAUCCGUCUCAACGAAGCUGUGUACAGGGAGACGGGAAGACGUUCAUGCCCGCCACUCGAGGGUUUCCUAAUUGGUGUUCGAAUGAAGCUUUGGCCGCUCUUCCAGACCGAGAUGGGGGCACAUGUCGAGAGCUUGAAAAAAUUGGCUGAUGCUGCAACGGGUUCCAUGCUCGUUCGGGGGAAUGUACGGGAUCCAGUCGUCCGUGCAGCCGCUCAGCGUUAUGCUAUUUUGUUCAGUGCGAUAGUUGCGCUACUCGACGAGGAUGACGAACCCAUGCUAUUCCUCAAUCUGAGCCGUCUCAGACAGGAAUUGACAAGACUAAUCUCUGUUCAAGCAGGCAAAGUCCGCGAUCAAACUCAGAAGGCAAUCUACCUAUCAACAACAUAUGAGGCCAUUCUUCAAACUCUGAGCAUGGUGGCAAGGCCAACCGUUCACCCGAAGAUGCAGACAGAGACAGCAUUCUGGAGGGAAAGAGAAGAGGAAGCACGUCGGCGGAUUGCGUCUACGCAGGGAUAA